AUGGCAUUUGGAAGACGAGAGAGAGCGGAAGAAGUGAAGAUAAUAUAUGGACCUGUCCUGAGUUUUGAAGCUCGUUCUUCAAGCAUGCCUCUGAUUGUUGAUUUACUAGACAGCAAGGAGUUGCUGGAGACUUGCAUUGAUGAGCCUGUUGCUAGUUUGACAGCAGGAAUUCCAGAAGAGGCAGAUCUUAGCUUUGUUCCUCCUGGCACAAAGGAGACAGCUGCUGAAAAAACAGAACCUGCUGCAUUCGAAGACACGUUGAAACUGAAACAUCUGGAGACAGAACCCAGCCCGAUGCCAGCGCCCCGCUCCAACAUAAACAUCAAUAUCAAUAAACAGGAUGAGGUGGUGAAGUUGACAGAUAAGUGUCUUAAUAACGCAAUUGAGAGCCCAGUAACAACAUCAGAGCGUCUUCCUGCAGACAUAAAGAGCAACAUCCUGAAGGCGCAGGCAGAGGCAGUGCACAAGAUCACAAGAGAGGAUAGCAUGUUGGACAACAAGAAAGCCAAUAUUCACGAUGCCACUGCCAGGUAAUUUAGCAUGGUG